AUGGAGGGGGCAGAAUCAUUAGCACAGCGCGUAGAGGUUUCUGGUGCUCCAACAAAGUGGCGGGAUGAAGAUGAACGGGACCCCCUCGUGCUGGCAGCUGAUCUAGCCACCCUCGCCUGCGUCCACGCCAAUCACGCGGAGGCGCUGAGUGCAGAAACGAAUAAGAAGUUGGAGUUCCUAUUGCAAGAGUGCUCACGUCUUGAACGAGAGUGUGAAAAGAUUUUCGAAGAAGGCCAGGAAACGGAAAAGCAUACGGAGGAACCCCCUCAGCCGAAGGCUCACGAACCCGCGCCGAAGGAAACACCUGCGAUUCCCAGUAGUAACAACAGUAAUAACAAGGGAUCUGAGCCAACUCGUUUCGUCCCAAAAGUGACGCGCGUUAUUCCAAAGCUGAGUAGGUUUUUGCCAAAAAAGAACGGCCACACCUCUCAGGACAAAGGCCACACUUAG